UAGAGUUAUCUCCCAUUUGUAAUGGAUCAAGAUGAACAUACACUUCGUAUAGAAGCAGAAGAAGUUGUUAAAGAAGUGGCAUACGCUGUGAAAUUUGUUAUAAUAUCUCCAAAUUUACCAAGCACCAAUGAACUAGUUUAUCUCAAUUUGGAAACGAAGGAAAAUGAAGAAUUCUGCGUGGAACUGUCAGUUCGUGGAUUCAGGGUUGUAAGUCGACAUUUUGAUAAGAUUGAGAACCUGGAAUCGCGAUGUUAUGAGACCAUAUAUGCCUUAUUAGAUAACUUGAGUCCUGGAUAUAGAAACACUUUUGGAGACACCUUGGCCAUGAAAUUAUACAGUAUUCAAGAAAGACAGAGUGAGGAUGCCUCUAUAUGAC